AUGUCAUUUUGCAGAGAGGAACCGACAGAGUGAGCAGCGUGAAACGCGUGGAAACGGAUGAAAACACGCACAAACGAAGAAGAAGAAAAAAACGACGAGGCGGACGAGUCAAUCAGCGCGGCUCGAGCUGACAGCUGUGAGGUGACGGCGGGACUGAGUCUCUGCUGCGUUUGGAGCCUGAGUCAGAGUGGAGGAGAAAAGAGCCAGGGCAGCAGGAGAGAGGGAAGAAGGACGCAGUGUGGGCGGGUUAAGAAACGCCGAGAGGGAGGGCACGUCAGCGUAACAUUCCCACCGCUUUUCUUCCUCCUGCCGAGUGGGGAAAAACAAGGACGUCCGCCGCUCUCCUCCUCCUCCCCACAUUUCAUCCCUGAUAACCCCACCUGAGCGUCCUUUCUCGAGCUGCAUCCAGCCGCUUCCGCCUCCAUCCACCCGCACCUCGGAGGCUGAGCUCUGGGUUUGUUGUCAGCCUCCGGGAGCCGAGCUGAUCUGAGCCGAACCGAACCGAGCGUUAGGGGUGUGAGAGGCGGAUGCUGCGAGCGUAGAGGCAGGGGCACCAACCAGGAGCAUCGCCGCACUCAGAACGAUGGACAGAAUGAAUUUUCUCUCCUUCCUCCUCCUUUGCUUGACUUCGGUUGCCAAUUGCAACAAAGCCAAUAAGCACAAGCCAUGGAUCGAGACAGAGUACCAGGGGAUUGUCAUGGAGAACGACAACACCGUACUGCUCAAUCCCCCUCUCUUCGCCCUGGACAAAGACGCUCCGCUUCACUACGCUGGUGAAAUCUGUGGCUUCCGGGUUCACAAUGGCCCCUCAGGCUCCGGUUCCGUCCAGUUUGAAGCUGUGGUUCUGGACCGCUCCACUGGCGAGGGUCUGGUCCGGUCCAAAGAGCCGCUGGACUGUGAGAGCCAGCGGGAGCAUAGCUUCACCAUCCAGGCCUACGACUGUGGAGAGGGACCCGAUGGUGUCAACAGCAAGAAAUCCCACAAGGCCACGGUUCAUGUUCGUGUGAACGACGUCAACGAGUUUUCCCCAGUGUUUGUGGAGCGUCGCUACGAGGCUUCGGUCCCAGAAGGCCGUCUGUUUGACAGGAUCGUGCGGGUCGAGGCUCUGGAUGCUGACUGCUCCCCGCAGUACAGCCAGAUCUGCUUCUAUGACAUCAUCACUCCCAACGUGCCCUUCGCUAUCGACAACGACGGUAACAUUAAGAACACGGAGCCUUUGGAUUCGAAGCGGCAGCGUGUUCACACCUUCUGGGUGACCGCCUUCGACUGUGGGAAGAAUCGUGCUCAGGCUGAUGCCCAGGUUGUCGUCACGGUCAAGCCGUCCUGCAAACCCGGCUGGAUUGGAUGGACAAAGCGUGUGGAGUACACACCUGGGUCAGGCAGCAUCCCCCUGUUCCCUAGCCUGCAUCUGGAGACCUGCGAAGAAACAGUGUGGAACAUCCAGGCCACCGUAGAGCUCCAAACCGGCCAUAUUGGGAAGGGCUGUGACAGAGAUAGCUACUCUGACCGUUCUGUUCGGCGACUUUGUGGUGCCGUCAGGGGCGAAGUUGAUCUUCUCCCACCUCCAUCUCCAGCAGCCAACUGGACCUCGGCUCUCCCCACUCUUCCUUCUUCCGAUUCUUCUCUGGUCUUUUCCUUCAACGGGUCGAAUCAUGUGGCGGUGGUUCCCAACUCGGUUGUGUCCGCUCUGUCGGGUGAUCACUUCACCCUGCAGCUGUGGAUGCGUCGGGGCGGCGCCAACAUCCAGCCUUCAGCCACUCAAUCUAGAGGAAAUCGCAAAGAGGAGGAGACUAUUGUGUGCAGCACCGUAAAGAACGAUGACUCCUACUCCCAUUAUUCGCUCUCCGUCCAUGGCUGCCGCCUCUCUCUCUUCUACUGGCCCGAUGUCUCGGCUGCUCGGCCCGUCAAGUUCCUCUGGAAGCUGGAGCAGGUGUGUGACAGCGAAUGGCAUCAUCUAUCCCUCAGUGUCCAGUUCCCGUCAGUGACGCUGUAUGUGGACGGCGUCACCUUUGACCCUGCCCUCAUCCAUGACAACGGCGCCAUCCCGAACCCCGCGCCCCGACAGAGGAUGCUCAUUGGUGCCUGCUGGGAACCCGAAGAGAAGCAGAAGGAGAUACUAAACAACACAAUCCCAGAGGGAAAAGACUCAGUGAAGUUUGUGGGUGGUUACCAUGGCCUGCUGUCAGGGGUGACGGUGCGUCCUGGCAGUGUGGAGCCGCACAGCGUGGUGGAGUGCUUGUACGCCUGCAGGGAGGGCCUGGACUUCGGAGACCUGGAGACUCUGGGUUCUGGGAUGAAGGUACAUGUGAACCCCAGUCAGUCGGUCCUGGUCCUGGAGGGAGAUGAUAUCGAGAGCUUCAACCGAGCCGUUCAGCAGGUCACCUACAGAAACUCGCUUCGCUUCGCCACCCCUGGAGUCCGACCUCUCAAGCUCACCACUUCCCUCAGGUGUUUCAAUGAGGAAAGCUGCCUGUCACUGAAACAGCUGGAGGGAUACCUGGUGGUUCUCCAGCCUGAUGCCCCUCAGAUCUCUCUGUCCGGGGUUGGCCCACAUCUGGCCCGUCCUGCGCCUGAAUUUGAAGGACCCCGCGGCGUCCCCCUCUUCCCGGAGCUGCAGAUUGUCUGCUCACUGUCACAUGCUGUCAACACAGCUGCACAGGGCAUGGAGGGUGGAGCUCUGAUGUCAGAUGCUGUGGCUCACACUUUGGACGGAUGUGAGGUGCAGCCGCUGGGAGAGGAGCUGAAUCCAGAACGGGAGGAGCUUCUGGUAGACAUGGAAGUUGUGCGAGAGCGAGGACUGGAUAUCAUCAAUACCACCGCUUACAUCGCAAUUACAGGUGCUGAAUCCAUCUCUGUGUACGAGGACGUCCUCCGCUCAGUCCGGUACCGUCUGGCCAGAGGCUCUGGCCGCUUUGAGAGGCGGUUCCGCCUGUCGUGCUCUGAGAUGAAUGGCAGAUACACAAGCAAUGAGUUGACUCUGGAGGUGAACUUCCUCCACUCUUUGGAAAGCCUAUACCACCCUUCCCACCUGCUGGCCUCACAGCAGCAGUUCCUCCAUCCAUCUCAUCAUUCUGGAGAGCUGAGUGGACACACCUUGCCGAACCCACAUCGCAACUCAGUGGUCCCAGGAGCAGCCACCGUCAUUAUUAUGGUCUGUGUGGGCUUCCUUGUUGUCAUGGUGAUCCUCGGUGUCUUCCGAAUUCGCUCCAUCCAUCGCCGAGGUGAAGGGUCCAGGGGUGGGGCUAAAGAGGGCAGCAACCAAUGGGAUGACUCGGCGCUUACCAUCAUUGUCAACCCAAUGGAGUCCUACGAAUCCCGUAUGGGCAUUUCUGCCGACACGGAAGGUGAUGGAGAGGAGGAGGAAGAGGAGGCAGCGGAGUCACCUGACGAUGCAAGCGACGACCAGCGGAUCAUCAUUAAGAAGGAGGGCAGAGACGGAAACACCCGCCGCUACUGAGCCGUAUCUCUCCAUAAAUCAGCUCCCCAGUCACACACUCCGACACUUUUAAUAUCAAACUGAUGCCACUAGUAUAAGGAAUGUAUGCUUACAAACACUUCGCACAACACAAUCACCGUAAUACUCUCGACGCUCAAACGCCAUAUGUGACCUAUAGCCGACAACAGGCUGUUGUUCUCCACUUAAAUGUUCAAUGGCACAAUGUGUACAGUUAAUGUAAUUUACCCACCGAAACAAACCCCCUCCACCAGAAUCGUUUGUGGUGCACUCGUUCUAAAGCAGAAAUUGGUGUCUGUAUAGUGUAAUGCUGGUUGAAAGGGAUUGUUUAAUCAUCAAGAAAAAUAUUGAUUGUAUUCUAUCCUUUGUUAACGAGAAGAAUGAAGCAAAAUGUCAGUUGCAACAAGGUUUUGAGUCGAUCCUUAAGCAAAGACACAAUCCUUGAUCCCAACCAUAUUUGAGCCUCUUCGUUAGACUCAAAAAGUCUGUGCACAAGCUCUCCUCUCCUUCUCUGCAUCGUCUCCUCUAACCACAGAGUGAAGGCAGUGAGAUUAGACACACUCAGCUAUUCAAAAGAAACACCUCAAUGUCCUUGCCUUUUUAUUUCUAUUUAUGUAAUAAAGUGGAUCUCUAAGGUGCACACGUCCCUGUUAAAAUACAUUUCAAAACUUUUUCUACCACCAAAGACAUUUAAGCUGUGAAAUUCAACUGAAAGUCAAACAAGAACGACGCAAUGAUCUUACUGCAUAACUCCGGUUCCCCGUAUCUAACGUAUUCUGGAAGCAUCUUUUAAUUUCAGCAUUCAGUUCUCAGUUUAUCAGUGAAAUAAAAUCCAUCUUGAUCUUCAGCUUUUCAUCAGGCACAUAAAGAUUUUGGGUCAGAUUUUUUGUGAAAAUGAUCAGUUUCUCUAAAUGAAAAUCCCACAGCAUUAUGCUGCCUCCACUUGAGGUGGAUGGAGUAGUCAAAAAUUUUACUUAAGUAAGAGUAGCACUACUUCAACAUAUUAACUCCAGUAAAAGUAAAAAGUAGCAAGAAGGUAGUCAAUAGUAAAAAAAAAAAAAGUAUUUGGUAAAAAUGCUACUCAAGUACUAAGGAUUAUUUUUGGAUUUAAUAUCUAAAAAUUACAUCAGAAAAUGGACCAAAAUAUAAAGUUAUGAAAAUAAUUCAUAUCAAUAUGAUUAACAAAAACUGCAGGUCUGUGUCUGGUGAAUUUUUGGUUGAAGUUACUCACAUUGGGUAGAGUGUCCAAAUAUUUUACUCAAGUAAGAGUAAAGACUAGAGCACAGUAAAAAUACUCCUAAAAGUAAUUUUUUUCCAAUCAGUUACUCAAGUGAAUGUAACUAGUUACUACCCAACUCAAUAAGAUGCUUUAUAAAAAUCAAACUGUGGCUGUAACUAAGAAAUAAAAUCAUUAUUCUAUUUUUUAUUAUUUCUGGUUAAUAAGAUCCUCUGUAAUUGAGGAUAUGUGCAUUAAAUCCUGAAAUUAAAGCAAAAAAACAAAACGUGUUUGUUUCAUGGUGUAGGAAUAAAACCACAUUACUGUGGCUUUGUUGAAAUUUUUAGAGAAUAAAUGUCACAUUAGAGGUGAAGAAUAAUCUGAAUUAUUUUGCUCUUUUGGAGGGGAUGUUCACCUUUGAGAUCCAGUGUAAGACUGGUUUACUUUGCAGUAUUCUGUAUUGAUCUCCUGAUAACCAACCGCAGACCUCAACAUCCAACACAAGCGCUCCUGCUGCAAUACUUCAAAAUAAAAGCCCCUACGAGCAAAAUUUGACGUCGUCAAAUUUCCUGCUUCAAACUGGGGUCUUUGCAGCCCCGCAGCUUGUGCAACAAAAUAAGAAAACAGCACCUUGACCUCUCUGACCUCCCUAUAAAUGACUCUCAUGUCACUGUUUCACUCGCUACACUGUACUGCAAACACACACACAAGCACCAUCCAUGACCCCCAAGACCCCUGCAGUUUCCAGAAUGUCCGCUCAGCUUGGGCAGUUUUGAUUGUAUUGAUUGUAAUGAAUUUUUCUGUACAUACAACAAUGACUAUUGCGAUAUUAUUGUUAUUGCUGUUGUUCUUAUCAAUGCAUUCACUCUUUCUCUUUUACUGCACAUUUCUGAGAGGGAGCAGAUUAUGAUUUAUUUUUCCAUUUAAGGAAUCACCUUUCCAGAAUCAGAAAAUAGUAUAAUGAUGAUAGCUAUAAUAAAGAGUAGUACUAGUGAUAAGGAUGAUCAUCUUUGGCUUGAUGAGUGUAUCCUAAUUUGUGUGUAAUAUUGUUGUAAUUUAAGAAUUUGCAUCACCAAAAAAACAAAGGAGGGCACAUUGUUGUGAUAUUUCAAUUUGUCUUGCUCAUUUUCUUUCAUCGGUUGAUUUUAUUUUUUGUCCACAUUUAAAAAUAAAUUGAUUUUUUUUGUGUGUUUGUGUGUGUGUUUUUGUUAUUUUUCAGUUUCCUUCCCGCUCCAUCUGUCAUCUUUGGUUCAGUGAAUGUACAACUGUGUGCUUCUCCUCACCUUCCCCUCCCUCCCAGCCUUUCUCCCCUCACCUCUCCCUCCGUGUCUCUUGCUGUCUGUCUGUGUAGCCUAUUAAUGUGCAGUGGUAUAAGAUUCUCAGUAAAAAAAAAUAAAUAAAGGCCUGUUGUUUUCGAGUGUCACGUUAAGAAGGAAUAAAAAUUGCAUUGGUUAAAAACUUACAUUAUUACUAUGUUACUAUUUGAACAUUACCUGUAAUUAAUGAUACAAUGCCGACAUGGAUUAUGCUGAGUAAUUGUUAUUGAAAAGUGUCAGAAAACAUUGCAAAAUUCAUAAUAAAAACACUAUAUGACGUC